AUGAGCACAAGACUGACUGAUGAGUCAAGGCACAGGACAAAGAGAUUUCGUCAGCUGCGUUCGAUCAGUAAGCCUCAGUAUGCACUAUUUGGUCCGCUGUUGACCAUUGUGGCUCUACUCACUUGCAUUUGGGAGCUCUUUUACAAGGGUACAGAGGAAAGAGUUGAAUUGAAGAGGUGGGGAAUGUUGUGGUGGUUUUAUUAUCCACCUCCUCGUGACACGCUUUCUGAUACUCUCUCCGACAUUUAUGGAUUAGUUGGUGCCAUCUCUCAAUGCAUUUGCCCCACAGUUCAGUAUGUUUACCUCCAUCGGCACGCUGAGAACCCUAUCAAACUAUCUUUUUUGCCUGUGAUCUUUGUUAUAUGUUUGGCUGGUUCAACACUAUUGAGGAACAGAAGCUGCAACGAAAGAGAUGAGACCCUUGAACAUACUACUUAG